AUUGUAUGACUGGAAUUCAAUUCACAGGUAGCAUUGGUUACCAAAUCGUCACAUUGGGUUGUGCAGACUGCAAGGGAAUCCAUUCUGCAAGUGUCCACAUUCUGAUGACGGAAGGAAAAUGUUCUGUGCACAAACUUGCAUCAACUCAGUUCCAAUGCAAGAAAGCAAACGCAAGAUUACGAUAAUCGCUGUGGUGGUCAGUGUAACCUCAUCACUGAUCCUAAUGAUCAGUCUGGCUAUUCUAUUUCAUAGGCACAAAAAGCUCAAGCAAUAUCAGCUUCUGGUCCAACAAAAGUUUGAAGAGUUUGAGGUGAAGCCAACUAUAUUCACCCACAGCCAGCUCCGAACUGCCACACGCGACUUCCAUCCCGACUUGAAGUUGGGCGAGGGAGCCUUUGGGAGAGUGUACAAGGGAAUUUUGCCGAAUGGAAAUGUCAUGGCUGUGAAACUACUAUUCCCCCAAAAGACUUCCAAGGGUUUAGACGAAUUUCUGAAUGAGGUAGUUUUGUUGACAGGAAUGAAGCACAGGAACCUUGUGAAUCUGAGAGGGUGUUGCAUUCGUGAACAACAAAGAUUGUUGGUGUACGAGUAUGUUGACAACUAUGACGUUGACCAGGUUCUUCUAGGGGGUGCAAACAAGGCCGACUUGAGCUGGCCUGUGCGAUGGAAGAUCGUCUUGGGAGUGGCCCGCGGUCUACAUUACCUCCAUGCACUUGCACAUCCGAGGAUCAUCCAUCGAGACAUCAAAGCCAGCAACAUCUUACUAACCAAGAACUACGACACCAAGAUAGCAGACUUCGGCUUGGCGUUGCUUUUUCCUGAUGAACAGAGUUGUAUAGUGACCAAGCAUGUUGCUGGUACCAAGGGAUACUUGGCACCAGAAUAUGCGUCGUGUGGUCGGUUGAGUGACAAGGUGGACGUUUACAGCUUUGGAGUGCUGUGUUUAGAGAUCGUGAGUGGAAGAAGAAACAUUGAUGAUUCUUAUCCUCCUGGCGAAAUGUAUCUGUCCAAAUGGGUAUGGGAUCUGCAUCGGCAGGGUAAGUUGGUGGACUCGGUGGAUCGUACAAUGAAUCUGCGAGAUGAAGAAAAGGUGGAGGUGCUUCGUGUGAUCAACAUCGGCCUACUUUGCAUCCAAAACGAGGCAGAGGAGCGGCCAGGCAUGGAGCGAGUGGUGGCGAUGUUGCAAGGAGAGAGUGAGGCAGAGGUUGUGGCGCUGAAGCCAGGGAAUGAAGGGAACCUCUUGGAGAGCACCAGGUUGUUUGCCGGUUGCAGUAGUGACCUUGGGACUGUAAAGGAGGAAGGCGAGUAGUCUUUCAUGGGAUCGUCAAGUGGAGGUGGAAGUCGUUUAGAGAAAGAAAAUUCCACUGAUGCUGUACUUGAGCUCAGUGAAAUAAGAGUCAGAUGAUUCAUUUAUUUUUGCCACCCUAGAAAAGUGGAGUGCAGGUUGUUGACAUCUUUGACAGAGUUGGGUAGAUAAUUGAUGAAAAUAGUUUCUUCAGUGAAGAGACAGAUAUAGUAUUUGUAGAUGGUGAGCCAACGUUGAAGAGGUUUAACUUCAGAUCUUGUUGACUCCUUAUUUUGCUUUUAUGCCUGCACGACAAUCGCUGUCAGUAAUUCUACUAAUCGACAGUGAAACUGUACCUGUGAUAGACUUAGGAGAUUGUGGAAGGGACACCACUACAGGUGUUAGCACAAAGUGUGUUUGUAUUUGUAAUUCGGGAGUAAAGUACAAGAGAAAAUUCCGACGAUC